UGUUUGAUCCGCGCCACAUUUAUACACUGGUACAUUGUAUGAUUGCUGCCAGGCGGUGGGAUUUGACCCCGCGGCAUUUGUCAGCCAACCAUUACAAUAGAGAGAAACAAAUCAUCUAACACGCUCUGCUCUGAACGAUCUAUAUCUACUAGCCGUGUUUCUGUGUAUAAGAAUUAGUCCAUUUUGUGCAGCAGCUGAGAGGAGAAGGGAUGCUCUGGUUUCUCUAGGAAUGCCCCCUGUUGUGAAAUGUCUAUCACUGCCGUUGGAUAAGGGACUUAUUUCAGCACGAUGAAUCUGGUGGGGAAAGUGGCGCUGGUGACGGGUGGCGCCCGGGGGAUGGGAUAUGCGUUCACCGAGGCCCUGCUGGAUCAAAAAGCAAAGGUGUGUUUUUGUGACAUUAAUGAAGAUUUGGGAUUGAGGUCCCUCCAAGAGCUAAAAUCUAAGUUUGGAGAAACAAAUGUAAUGUUUCAAGUAUGUGACGUCACCAGGCAACAACCAAUGGAAAAUUUAUUUCAAAGUGUCAAAGAGAAGUUUGGUUGUCUUGAUAUCGUCUGCAACAAUGCCGGGCUGGGCGGAGAGACAUAUCCUUUAUGGGAGAAAGCGAUUGACGUUAAUUUGAAAGGAACGACCAGGGGAACAUUGCUGGCUCUGGAACACAUGAGGACAGACAGAGGGGGAAAUGGCGGCGUUAUCAUUAACGUGUCGUCUGCAGCAGGUUUGAACGUGAACCCACUAUCCCCCGUUUACAGUGCAACAAAAGCGGGCAUUAUAGCGUUAACUCGAAGUUUGGCGAUGAACUCUGAUGUGAAGUCUGCCGGAGUAAGACUUAAUGUACUCUGUCCAGCCUUCGUUGACACAGAUCUGGUAAAGGAAAUCAAUGAAGAGAACUGCUUAGACGUCAAGAAAGCCCAACAGUUCGUGAAGGUUAUCGGAAUGAUAACGAAAGAGGAAGCCGCCGAGAGUUUCAUGGAACUGGUUUGUGACGUCAACCAAAAUGGAGCCGUUCUGAAGUGUUCCAAAACAGAUGGUAAACAGUACAUGUCGAUGGAGGCGAAACCUCUGGCAUAAUGGAUACUGGAUUCUUUGGUUUCAUAUGAAAGUGCAAUAAUGUCCCAUAUCUUUGUAAAUUAAUGAAAAUACUCCCUUGAUAAAGAAAGCGUUAAUACGAUACUGUGAAUAUUAUACACACUGAACAGUACCCGUAUUGCUAAACGGAACUUAAUGGGAAACACUGACACAAUCAAUCUAUUUGAAUUUUCAAUACAUUGUAUAAUUGUUAAAACUCUUGAUAGCAAUCAUAUUCUCGAUCAGAUCAUCUGAAUGAUAGUGACUAUACACUUUCAAUCAAUAUUGAUAUUGUGUACAUUAUUUUUUAAUGGUAUUUUUAUAUGUAUUUUGCAAAAAUUGACAUGCACCACGCAGGGUAGAUUUCCCCUUCAGAUGAUCUGAAGGACUUUGAGACUUGUGUAGUAUUAUACACGUAUGUUUAUAUAUUAUUUAUAUUUAUUGUAUCGAAUAUUAAUUGAUAUAACCAAUUACCUAUCGUUUAUUUACAUAUAUACAUGUAUGUUGUAAAUGUACCAUACUGUGAAAUGUUAAAAAAGAGUUUUGUGAAACUUCGUAUCUGUAAGUGCAAAUAUAAACGCAAAAGGAGAAUUUCCAAUUUGAUAAAAAAAAUUACAAAAGAUAUUUAAAUCAAUAUUCUUGCAACAUUUUUUGUAUUCGCUUCAUUUAGGAAUACUGCCCAAGUGUAAAUUCAUUGUGACUGAAUAGCCUUACUGAAUGAGCCUUUUUUAAAAA